AUGUCCAAUAAUCAACAAUAUGAUAAUAAAUGCUUUAAUCAUCCAUAUCAAGAUAUUGUUUUUAUAUGCUCAAAUUGUCCAAACUAUAUUCCUGUCUGUAUUGAUUGUAUUAACGAUGGUCACCGUGGCCAUACAUUCAAAAAAUUAAAUGAUAUACAUUUAAGAAAUCAAAUACAACAAGAAUUUAAUGAUCAAACAAUACCAAAACUAAACAACUAUUUAGAAAAUAAUAAAAAAAUAUUGGAAGAAUCAAACAACCACUUUAAACAAAUUAAUGAUAACCAUACAAAGAAUUUUGAAAAAGCUUUUAAAAUAUUUAAGGAGUUAAGAGAUUUUUUUUUAAAUAUUAUCAAUGCAAAAGAAAUUGAUGUCAAAUUAUUAUUAACAACUAAAUUAAAUAAAAAUACAGAUAUAAAUAAUAUAAUAACAACAAUAAUAGAAAAAAAUAAUAAUAUAAUUAAUAAUGCUAUUAAAUUUAAUAAUGAUAUUAAUAAUAAUAAUGAUGAUGUUAAUAAUAAUGAUGAUGAUGUUAAUAAUAAUAAUAAUGAAUUUAUUAAACUUUUAAAACACAAUCAUCAAUGUAACAAUCUUUUAUCAAAUAUAAAUAAUAAUAGCUUACCAGAAUAUAAAGAUACUCAAUUAAUAAUUCAAGAAAAUAAUCUUGACUCAAUCAAAGAUCUAAUAAACAGCUAUUUAGAAGUAAUUGAUAUUCCUUUAGAUUUAAAAACACUAAAAUUUUAUAAUAAAGAAUUUACAAUUUACCAAGAAGGGUGUGAUAUUAGUCAUUUAGAAAUUAUAAAUCUUGCUAUUGGACCUAUCGAAUGUUUACCCAAAACUAUUCCAGCAACAGUUACACAUUUAUUAUUACUUGAUGGCUUUGAUCAACCACUUAAUUUUAUACCACCCACCGUACAAUACUUGUAUUUACAAAACAUCAAGUAUCAAUUAACACCUGAUUCAAUUCCAGCAACAGUUACACAUUUAUAUUUACUUGAUGGCUUUAAUCAACCACUUAAUUUUAUACCACCCACCGUACAAUACUUGUAUUUACAUAACAUCAAGUAUCAAUUAACACCUGAUUCAAUUCCAGCAACAGUUACACAUUUAUAUUUACUUGAUGGCUUUGACCAACCACUUGAUUUUAUACCACCCACCGUACAAAGGUUGAAUUUACAUAACAUCAAGUAUCAAUUAAAACCUGGCUCAAUUCCAAAUCAUUUAACUUUUCUUAUAUUUGGUCAUGGUUUUUCUCAACGUAUUACAAAAGGUAUUAUCCCUGACUCUAUAACUUAUAUUCAAAUAGGCGAUGUGGACUAUCCUUUAGACAAUGACUCCAUUUCAAACCCCAAGCAAAAAAUUUCUUAUUUAUCCACUUACAAACAUCUAAAAUCUAAAUAA